AUGGAUUCUGUCGCUCAAAGCGACUUUGAAAUGGACAGCCAUACUUCGGACAUGGCCAGCCAGGACUCCCCUCUGCGCCGACAAUUCUCCGAGCCACUCAAUGCUCGGUCUACCUCAACCCAGGCCUCUCCAUCCCCCUCCCCAGUAACUCAAUGGACCAAAUGCACUUUGUGCGGAAAGCUCCUUGAGUAUAGCAGAGGUUCUGAUUCCCAAAAUAAUGUUAUGAAAGCCCACAUUUCCACUGCGCAUCCGCACAUUGCUGCGCCCAAGACGCGUUUUGUCGCGGAAGGCGGCGAUGACCAGUCACAGCUUGACGACGACGAGGAGCAAAUGGAAGAUGAAAGCGUGGAUGAGAAUGCAGACAUUGACGCCAGUGACCUUCACGAAGCUGAGGAUGAUGAUGACCAUCAUGCAAAUCAUACGCUAGAAAAUGGGGUGGCCGAUACUACUGAAGUCGACGACGAAAACUACAAGCUACCAGAAGAUGCGGAUGGCGAAGAGCCAGAGGUUGCCGAGGCCGAUGUGUCGAGCCAGUUGCAUGAAUUUUCGCGCGCUCAAGAUCCCGUGACAUUAGACCAACGCCUCCAUAACCUCUGGAAUGUUCACAAUGUCCACCAAUUCUGCAGUGAUCAUGAUGAAAAGACUGCUAAUCUAGAACACUCCUGGACUACAUUGGUCAAGGAAUCGAAACGCCCUCGAAAGCGCGAAGCCCCUGAUGAGCUGCAAGACCGACCAGAACCUUACAAAAAAUCGAAGGUCUCUCCAGGAGAAUUUCUUGAAAUCACGCCUCUCGAGGAUUUCUUGAGUCAGCUUCGAGACCCUGAGCACCGUUCCUACGAGGAACUCUAUGCUAUCACUGAGAACGUCGCUUUCGCUCUCAAGGUAUGGCAGGAUGAGUAUAUGGCCAUCGAAAGGCUGAACAAGCACGCCACACGACACAGCGCUAAACCAAUCAGCGAUCCCAGAAAGUUACUCAGGCCGCAAGUCUUUGAGGAUAAGAAAGAGGCUAUGCUCUACGGAUACAAGCAUGAGCCGAAGGAAGAUAAGGUGGGCUGGCAGAAUCCGUUCACCCAGGGCGGCUUCAAACCUACUCCGGCCCAGUAUCGCAAGAUGACCGCCAAGCUCGGGCCCAAUCAUCCCAACCCAGAUGGCUGGCCUACUAUAACGAAAUUCGGCGUCGAGCACGUCCCUAAAUUUCAGAACCCGCCUCGGGAGGACUUUGUCGGCAAGGCUACCCGCAAGCGAAAAGCCGCGGAAUUGGAGGCAGCCAACAGAGAAAAGGCGUCGUCGGUCUCAGACGAGGCCGCAACAGACUCACCCGCUCCGGUGGAACCAGAGGAGAAUAUACGUCAACGGCGCACGCGCACCCGUCGCCAAGGCACGGAUUUCGAAGAUCAAUCCGACUCCGCUUCCGCUCCGCCCAUCCGGUUUGCCACGCGCGGCCGUGGUAGCGGCCGUGGGCGCGGGCGAGGUGGCAUUCGUACCAUCACGAUCAAUGGCCCGUCUGACCCGUCUCAAGCGCCAGCGCUAGUGGCCCCUCCUCGCUCGACGACAAUUCGCAUCGAGAAGCCAACCGCCAUCCUGCAGACUCGACCUGGCACAGUUCAACUGACGCCUAUCGAGCCAGCGCCGAGUAAUAACCAAGCAGCUGCACCUCCGGCGGGCACUCCAGUCGGGAGCACCCCGGAAGACUCGAUCGACCCUGCGGAGCUUGCUCGACGACAGAAAAUUGCCAACUCGAAGAAUCCAAAGCGGACAGAAGCUAUGCUCAACCAUUGGGCCCGGUUCAAUAAAGAGGGUCGGGUUCGCAAUCCCAAACGUUCCAAAGCCCAAAUUGAGGCGGAUCGCGCGGCCGAAGCUGCCCGCAAAGCUACCGAACCGCCCAAAGUCGGUCCACGAAAGAAGAAAAUGGACAGUCCGGGCUAUGUAGGCCCGAGGAUCGAGCAGGGAAUUGCACCGGCUCCAGCUCCCAUUCAGCCUGCCGCACCCCCUCCUACUUUAGCUCCCAGUCACCCGACUCAUCCUCAGUUGGCGCCGUUGCCUGCACCGCGACCUCCUCUGAACCCUUACCCACCCAUUGACACCCGGGGAGUCCCUUUCCCUGGACCUCACACUCUAUUCCAACAGCCGGCACCUCAACCUUACCGCACACCUUAUCCGGAGUAUUACAGUCCUUACGCACCCACGCUACCACCACCACCUGGCCACCCACGCCCUGCCUAG